UUCGAUCAAACUUCCCCAAAAAAAGGGAAUCGAAAACCCUAACAAUGGACCUUCGAAAAUCGAUCGCGAAGCAGACCGGGUUCGCGCUCCGGCUGGCAAACCACGUUGGCACGGCCAUCGCCGGGGGCUCCAACCUCGCCUUCUCGCCGCUCUCUCUCCAUGUCGUCCUCGGCCUCAUCGCCGCUGGAUCAAAUGGUCCUACUCGUGACCAGAUCCUCUCGCUCGUCGGCUCGGCCAGCUCCGAUGAACUCAGUUCCCUUGCGUCCCAGAUCGUUUCCGUUGUUCUCUCCGAUGCCUCGGCCAGUGGCGGUCCCCGGGUCGUCUUCUCCAACGGUGUCUGGGUCGAUGGUUCGGUUUCUUUAAAGCCUUCUUUCAAACAGAUCGUGUCUGGGACGUAUAAGGCCGAGGCCAAGGCCGUUGAUUUUCAGUCAAAGGCUGAUCAAGUUGCAAAAGAAGUUAACGCUUGGGUUGAGAAUGUGACAUCUGGACUCAUCAAAGAGCUUCUUCCUUCUGGGUCUGUUGAUCACAGUACAAGAUUGGUCUUUGGAAAUGCACUUUAUUUUAAAGGGUUGUGGGAUAAGAAAUUUGAUGCAACUGAAACCACCGACUCUGAAUUCCAUCUGCUUGAUGGUAGCUCUGUACAAGUACCUUUUAUGACCUCUGAAGAUAAACAACUUCUCUCUGCCCACAAUGGUUUUAAAGUCCUCGGGCUUCCUUACAAAAAAGGUGUUGAUGGGAGGCAAUUUUCUAUGUAUUUAUUUCUUCCUGAUGCACAAGAUGGUUUAUGGAGUUUAUUAGAGAAAUUAAAAGAUCUCGGGUCAUUGGAUCGUUAUCUUCCAGCUCGAAAGGUUGCUGUAGGUGAAUUUAAGAUUCCAAAAUUCAAGGUCUCCUUUGGAUUUGAAGCAUCUGAAGUUUUAAAAGCUUUGGGCCUGGAGUUGCUUUUCUCAGAAAACUGUGAUCUGAGUGAGAUGGUGGAUUCACCCACUGGCCGAAAACUAUAUGUUUCAUCAGUUUUCCACAAAUCUUUUAUUGAAGUGAAUGAGGAAGGAACUGAGGCAGCUGCAGCAUCGGCUGCUGUAGCUCUGAGGAUUAUCUCAUCUUGAUCACCUUCCAGAACAGUAAGAGAGACUUUAGAAGUGUCAAUGUCGGCAUUUUUCCUCGUCGGAAUAAAUGAAAUCAAGUGUGAAAGCUGUCACGUCUCUGAUGCAAGUUUCACUCAUUCAUGGUUGUCAAUCUCAUUGCUUUCCUUCCAGUGUGAAGAACGAAUGGUUGGUUUGCUGUAAUUGUAUUUCAUGCUGUGCUUUUUCUAACCCAUGGUAAGCAGGAUUUUCUCAUCUUGGUUGCCUUCCAGCAGAGGGAGAUGGCAGAAAUAAAGAUGACACAUUUCUUCUUCAGAAUUAAUGAAAUGAAGUGUGAAAGUCUGAAAGCUUGUUAUGUCUCUCAUGUAAGUUUCACUUAUACGUGGUUCUCAAUGUCAAUGCUUUUGCUGUUGAA